AUGUCGGCCGUCGAGAGCGAGGCUCCCACCAACGCCAACACCACCCAUAACAACAACAACAAUAACACCCACAACGGCAGCCAAAACGGCAGCCUUUCCCCUCCCAAAGAACGCGAACGCAACUCCCUGACCCUCGACCAGCGUCGCGCCCUCCGACGAUGGGCCAACUCGCAAACCGUGCGGCCGAGCCAUAAGGCCUGCAUCGAGUGGUUCCAGACACAAUACAACCAGACCAUCAGUCAAUCCACCGUCUCACAUUCCCUAUCACCCAAAUACGCCCGCCUGGACGGCGACCCUCAACUGUCCGGCUCCCGUUUACGCUUCGGCAACUGGCCCGACGUAGAGAAACUCGUCCUGCUGUGGCACCAACAAAUGGUGGCCUCGGGCCGACAGCCGUCCAACGAAGAGCUGGCCGAAAAGGCCAAGAACAUCUUCACGCAGCUGCCGCGGUACAAGGACGAAACCGCUCCCGAGUUCAGUCCCGGAUGGAUCCACCGCUUCAAGAAGCGCUACGGCUUACUGAUCCGUCGCCAGCGGCGCCACGGCACGGCACCCAACCCGGCCGAUGACAUCCCGUACCUCGUCGACGCCGUGGGCCGGUUCAUGAGCAUCACAGCGGACGUGUCGCCGACCGUCAUCCGCGAGAACAUCCUGCGCGUGGUCGGCGUCGAGCCCACUCUUGCCACCUGUGCAAAGGUCAGAGACGAAAUCAUCAGGAAGCUGGAGGGUCCUUCUCCCGGCGCUGCUGCUGCACGGGCAGCACGGACACGCAGGACAACCCCAUUCUGCUCUCAACACUACUGGCGGCCUUCCCCCCCGGCUCUGCCGUCAGGAGGAGACGUACCCAUGGGCGGCGUCUACUCACCCGACGACGACCCGGAGGUCGUCCUGCAAAACGCCCUGCGCGCCUUACAGCAAGAAGAAGCCGACGCGGAAGCCGAAGCCGCUGCCGCGAGGGAAGAGCGCGAGCGCGCUGAGCGUGGCCUACCGCCCCUCGGUACCAUAGCUGGACAAGCUUAUAAUGCCAUGUCUACACCUGCUCGUGGUGGUGGUGGUGCAAAUGGGACUACUACUACAGGGGCGAGGUUCGCGCCUGGUGCUAAUGGUGGUGCUGGUGGUGGUGCGGGGGCAGAAGAUCCGUUGACGCUGACGCCGAUUCCUAGUGGAGGACCGGUGUCGUUGACGGAUCGGCCAGUUAGAUGUCCUUUCUGCGUGAACCAGAGGAUGUUGAGGACGAUCAAGGAGGCGGUUGAGCAUAUGAGUACUCAUGUUGUUGUUUGA